GUUUCAUCGAUUUUCCCCCGGUUAUCUACGGCGGAAAAUGCGACGCAAUCGUAAGUUUUCACCUUUGGUCGUCGCGGCGUGAGAAUGCCCAUCCCCGAACAUUUUCCGCGACCAUGAGCAGCCUCCAGGACUACGCCCCCGUCCUCGUGCACUGGUCGUUCGGCUCCGCCGUCUUGGUGGGGCUCGUCGCCUCCGAGUUCACCGGUGCCGAGACCGUCGCGGCCCUCUGCAUCGCUUGCUGCGCGUCCACGUUGUCGGGUCUCUGCGGCGCCGACGAAGAGGCGCCGUCGAGGCGGAGACGCGGCCUCGGCGACCUCCUCGCCUUUCUAGCCAUCUGGCUCGACGCGCUCACCAACUUGGUGGCGGCGUCGACGUGCGCCCGUCUAGCGAGCGCCACCGUCGACUACAUCACCAAGGGCAGCUUCCGGGAGUUCCUGUUCGGCCUGCAGCAGCACUCGCUGGGCGAACCGUGGCCCGACGUCCUCGGCGUCACCAUUGUCCUCGUCGUAACCGCCCUCUUCAUGCUGGGCCUCGAGAGGUCGCCGAUAAUUUCGGCGCUGCUCGCGCUCGUCGCCCUCGCCAACUGGGCCUUCUUCGUCGCGGUCGGCGGCUUCCACGCCGUCCGCCGCCUCGACGAGUGGUUCUCCACAUUUGAGAUCCGCUCCUUGCCGACGGUGCUGAGGGCGGCCGCCGUCUGCUCGUUCGGCUUCGUCCACAGACUCGACCGUCCCCCGCGACCGCUCGUCGCGUCGCUCGCGCCGCUCCUCCUCUACGGCGUCGUCGCCGUCGUGUUCGGCCUGAUGACGCGCCACCGGGAGCUCCUCGGCACCGCUAUCCCGUUGAUCCAAGUGUUCGAGAACCGCGACGUGGAUUGGGCCCGGCCCGCGAUGGCCGUCUUCACCGUCAGCGUCGCGUGCCUCCUGCUGACGGAGGUCACGCCCCAGGUGUACUCGGCGUUCGUGCGUCUCGGCGACCGCGAUUGGCGCGUCCUCGUCAGCGCCAUCCGCUUGCGGAGCGCCGCGACCGGUGCCCCCGUCCUCGCCGUCUUCGCCGCCGGCAGUCUGGCCGCCAUUUUGGCGUUCGCGUGUCCCUUGUCCCACCUCGUCCGACUGUUGAACGUCGCCCGUCUCGUCGGCUGCGCCCUGGACUCCUGCCGCGUGAUCCUCGCCCGUUAUAAGGCGGACGCCGUCCGCGACGAGCUCCGCGGUACCGCCAGCGUGCAGUACCGCAAGCUGAACGGCGCGAGGCGCCACGAGGUCACCUUGAAGGAACGCCUGCGGGGCGUGUUCGGCGCCAAGCCGGUCUACGUGCACCGGCUCGCGUCGCCGAAACGGCCCGCGGAGGAGCGCGAGCGCCUCCUCGGAGAAGGCGUCCCACCGACUAUCGACGGCCACUCGGACGACGAGGAGAACGAAAUGGACGUGCUGUCGUCGUGCUCCGACAGCUCGACCGACAUCGACGUCAUCGUCGAGGAGUACAAAGAGGCCCUGAAGGUCGCCGCGGCCGGCGGCAACUUGCACGACGCGCGACGCCCCGCCACGCGGACGACGUUCGCGACGGUCGUCGGGGGCGUCGCGGGCAUCGUCGCCGGCGCCGUCGGCGUCGGCUUGUACGUCGCGCGGGUCACGCCCCUCUGCUGGCCCUACCUGGUGGGCGUCGUCGCCGCCGUCCUGCUGGUUACGGCGAUGCCGUCCAACGCGUCGGAACGCGCGAAGCCGGGCCCGGUGCCGACGUGGGCGUUCCCCGCCGCCCACGCCGCCUCCGUGACCGGCCACGUGGCCCUCGCGUCCGCCGCCGCGUCCGAAGUGUGGCAGGGCGUCGCCUUUUGGACGCUCGCCGGCCUGCUGCUCUAUUGGAAGUGCGAGUGCUGCACGUGCGACCCCGAAGGGCCCGAGGAGUGGAAGCGGCGUCUGCCCGACCACGUCCACGUGGCCAGAUGA